GAUGUUUGUUAGGGCGUCUGGAGAGCUGUGUCAAUAAAAAUAAGCAUUCCCAUCUCAAACCUCUGUAGACUCAACACUCUGCAAUUCGCCAUGAAAGCGCUUACACUGUUGGUUCUCCUGGUGACAGGAGCUAUAUGCACAGUAACAGUUACUGCAGAUAUACACGAUAACUUCUGUAAAUACAAGCCUGAUGGAGAGUACAGGGACCCCUAUGACGCUUGCAGAGGCUUCAUUCACUGUCACAAUUAUAACGCCUCCUACAAGCCGUGCCCAGGUGGCCUGCUGUACAAUGAGACGACCAAGCAGUGUGAUUGGCCACGCAACGUGGACUGUCCAAUGGGUAACCUUGACUGCGGUGUGGGUAUCGUCGGUGGCGGAUUCUCCGGUCUGUACCACGCAUAUCAGCUGCUCAAAACCGGCAAAGAGACGAGCGUUUGUGUUUUCGAAGAAGAUUCGCGACUCGGUGGACGCAUCUGGGAUCAUGCCUUUAAGGAGGCUCCAAACGUCGCUGUUGGCCUUGGUGCUUGGAGAAUCGAUAAAAAGCAUCCGGUUAUGAUCAAACACCUUGCCGAGCUUGAAAUAAGUCACGUUGAAUGGAGUUUUAUUGAGCCUAGCCUAAUAGAGUCACGUGGUAUCGUCGCUAACAACCACGAGGACAUCAAGAAGGCUUUCCCCUACCUUAAGGCACACAGGAAGUUUGGUCCUAUGUCGAGCAGUGAGCUGUUGAGCUACGCACUGAAGCCUGAGCACGCGGCAAACGCGGAGAGCUAUGCCACCGUGAAUACAUACGUCUCGAAUCACAUUACACACGAAGGGGCCGAGUACUUGUCUGAGCUGUACGGAUACAAAGGUGACUACACAGACUUCAUCAGCCCUCGAUCUUAUAUGGAAUUCACCGAGAUGUCCCUUAAGCUCGCGGAUAAGUACAUUCGCCCAGUUGGGGGUAUGUCCACCAUCAUCACCGUCCUGAAGCAAAGAAUAGAGGCGCUUGGUGGGAAGAUAUACACGAGCACGGCUGUGAAGACGAUCGAAAGGGAAGGUGACAUAUACGUGCUGAUGACACCAAGCUUGCGUGUGCAGACACCGAAGCUCGUGAUUGCUGUCCCGCCAGUCCAGUUUGAGGAGAUCAAUGGUUCUGUGGCCAAGAGGAUUCACGACUCACCCCAGUUUAGAUCUAUUCAGCCAAUCCCCGCCUUCAAGGGCGCGGCCGUGUAUGAUAAAGCUUGGUGGGAGAGUGUUAACGUGGCGGGCAAACCCAUCACACCGGGACAGAAGUUUAUAUCUAGCAGUAACUGCCUUGGAACUACUCUGGCGCACAGGGAUAAAGGUCCCUCCGGUGCUGGAGUCCUGCACACGCUGUACAGUGAUGGCGAGUGCGCCAGGCAGUGGGCGGACAUAGCAAAGCUCCAAAAACACUUCCUGGACACCGAGGUUCACCGUGCACUUGAGGCCAAGUUCAACACGACUAUUCCCAAGCCCAGGGACAGCGCUUACCACUACUGGGACUCCGCUUGGCAUUUUCAGAAGCCUGGAACCACAUUCUCCAUGGAGGACAUAAGCAACUGGGCCAAGCGGCCUUUCCCAGGCGAAAACCUCUUCAUCAUCGGGGAGGCCUUCCACCCGUUCAGGGGCUGGUGCGAGGGAUCCAUUGUUUCGUCCCAAAAUGCAUUGCAGGAUGGCUGGGGACUGACUUAUCUGGAUCCUUCAGCACGUUUCUUUGGGCAUGCGCGCACGGAAAAAGAGGAUGUCAGCGAAAUGGCAAAGACGAGAAAAUUCAUUCGAGCUUGAGCCACUGACUUGAAGGAGACAGUGCUCAUGGAAUUAAGCAUGCUAGUGUUAGGAAGUACUAGAUGCUUGCUUUUAUUGUAGAGAUUGGAACUGAAUAAAAAAAUGAACAGACUCGA